AUGGCUAGGCGUAAUGGAUGGCAACUCCCUGUUCAUACUUUUCAGAUUGUGGCUAUAACAGUUUUCCUCCUGCUAUCUGUUGCAUUCUAUGCCUUUUUUGCUCCCUUUCUUGGGAAGGACAUCUAUGAAUAUGUGGCUAUUGGUGUUUAUUCUGUCUUGGCGCUCUCUGUAUUUAUUCUUUAUGUACGAUGCACUGCAAUUGAUCCGGCUGAUCCUGGAAUUUUAGUAGAAGCUGACGAGACAGCAGGCCAUAAAUCAGAAAAUAAGACAGAUCUGCCUGGAAAUUCUGCUGAAGAACCUAGCAAGAUAAGGUUAAAGAAUGGAGGAAAAUCCAAUAAAUACGGUUCAAGUUGGUGUUCAAGACUCAGAGGUUUCUUUUGUUGUUUUCUUGUGAAACAAGAUUGCCGAAAAGAUGAAGAUAUUCUUCAGCAAGAAUCUGGAGAGGAGGCUUUGUUCUGUACAUUGUGCAAUGCGGAGGUACGCAAGUUCAGCAAACAUUGCAGAAGUUGUGACAAAUGCGUUGAUGGAUUUGAUCAUCACUGCCGGUGGUUGAACAAUUGUGUAGGGAGAAAAAACUACAUAACAUUUGUUUCUCUUAUGGCAACAAGCCUUGUCUGGCUUAUGGUUGAAUUCGGAGUUGGUGUUGCUGUCCUUAUUCGGUGCUUUGUAAAUAGAAAGGGCGUGGACCAUCAAAUAGUGGAGAAACUUGGCAAUGGAUUCUCGCGCCCCCCUUUGCUACAGUUGUGUAAAUACAUGUAUGAUUCAGAAUUUCUUAGGGGUCAAACUGCCCUGUGCACAUUCGUAUCUUUGCUUGCCACUGUGCCUCUGGGAGAACUAUUUUUUUUUCAUGUGAUUCUGAUUCGAAAGGGUAUAACAACAUAUGAGUAUGUAGUUGCCAUGAGAAGUCAGAGUGAACCACCUGGACCAUCUGUUGAUGGAGGAGAGCAGCAAAGUCUGCCAUCUUCGCCAACCAGUUCAGCUGUUACUGCAGUGAGCGGAAGAAGUUCUAUAGGAAUGAGUUUGCAAUAUAAAGGUGCUUGGUGUACCCCUCCAAGAAUCUUCAUGGACAACCAGGACGAAAUUAUUCCACAUUUGGAGCCAGGACGCCUACCAUCCACAGUUGAUCCAGAUGCAACACAAGAAGCUGACAAAGCCAAAAAGUUACCACAGCGUCCAGUUCGAAUCAGUGCAUGGAAACUUGCAAAAUUGGAUUCCAGUGAGGCUAUUAAAGCAGGUGCAAAGGCUAGAGCAUCAUCAUCUGUGCUGCGCCCCUUAGGUUCUCGAUACAACCCUUAUGAUGCUGAUCAUUUAUCCAGUAGCAACGUUAGUGGAAGGAGCAGUCCAAUCAGUACUCAUCAAGGGUUUCAAAAUAAAAACACUAGAGCAGUGGCGCCAGAUCUAUCUCCUUCCAGGACUAACUCAUAUCCAGCCAGCAAUGCUAGUCAUGCUAGCAGGGAUGAUAUUGAAUCAUGCCGCCAGAGUCUUGGCAACUUUAGUAGUGCUAAUGUCUCCAAACUUGCCACUUCCCCAAUACAGCAGCAAACAUCAAACAGAGACCACUUCAACCCCAUUUAUCAGACAUCAGCAGAUCAAUCUCCUUGGUCCGCAAGACAAAGUGAAGCAAACAUGAAUCCUGUUCGUGAGAAUGCAGUGCAAAUUCCUGUGAGAAGAAACUUAGGUGCAGCUGAGAAUACGAGAACAACAGUUUAUUGGGAUCCAGAAGCUGGACGCUUUGUCUCUUCUUCAAGAGGUGCUGGCUCUUCAUCCCAGGUUCGGGGAACAGAGCUUUUGUACACAGAUCAAUCUAUAUUUUUUGGAGGCCCUCUUGUCAAUGAGCAGCUAAGCAGAGGGACAAGAACUGGUAGUUCACUGACUCAGAGCCAGGAUAGACGAUCUACCUCAAGUCAUUAUCAGCAGGGCAGAUCACAGAGGGGUGGCCAACUUCCUGUGUUUGUUCCAAGCGAUUCUCAACAAAACCAAUAUUCUUCUAGGUCUCCUUAG